CGUAGAUUUUGGUUCCCAUUCUAGAGUCCGUAUCUAGAUUUCCAUGGCAACUGGACAGAAGUUGAUGAGAGCUAUUAGAGUUUUUGAAUUUGGUGGACCAGAAGUGCUGAAACUCCAGUCAGAUGUUGCACAACCAAUUCCAAAAGACCAUCAGGUUCUAAUCAAAGUCCAUGCAUGUGGUGUAAACCCAGUGGAGACAUAUAUUCGUUCUGGCACUUAUAGUAGAAAACCAAGCCUGCCCUAUACUCCUGGCUCAGAUGUGGCAGGGGUAAUAGAAGCUGUUGGAAAUAAUGUAUCUACUUUCAAGAAAGGUGACCGAGUGUUCACUACCAGCACAAUCUCUGGCGGCUACGCCGAGUAUGCUGUUGCAGCAGAUCACAUGGUUUACUCCCUGCCAGAAAAACUGGACUUUAAGCAAGGAGCAGCCAUUGGCGUCCCUUACUUUACUGCUUGUCGAGCUCUGCUCCACAGUGCUCAUGUGAAAGCUGGAGAAACUGUUCUGGUUCAUGGAGCUAGCGGAGGAGUUGGACUAGCAGCUUGCCAAAUUGCUCGAGCUUAUGGCUUAAAGGUUUUGGGGACAGCUGGCACUGAGGAAGGACAAAAUAUUGUUUUGCAAAAUGGAGCCCAUGAAGUGUUUAAUCACAGAGAUGCCAAUUAUAUUGAUAAAAUUAAGAAAUCCACUGAUGACAAAGGAAUUGAUGUGAUUAUUGAAAUGUUAGCUAAUGUAAAUCUUAGUAAUGAUUUGAAACUACUGUCAUACGGAGGACGAGUCAUAAUUGUUGGCAGCAGAGGUCCUAUUGAAAUAAACCCACGGGACACCAUGGCAAAGGAGUCUAGUAUAAUUGGAGUUGCUCUCUUUUCAUCAACCCAGGAAGAAUUGCAGCAGAUUGCAGCAGCCCUUCGAGCCGGCAUGGAAAUUGGUUGGUUGAGACCUGUAGUAGGUUCUCAGUAUCCAUUGGAGAAAGCGGCACAAGCUCAUGAAAAUAUCAUUCAUUGCAGUGGGGCUGCUGGAAAAAUGAUUCUUCUUUUAUGA